AUGCUCGUCCCAGUGGAGUACCGGCCGUUCAGCAGCAGCAAACCCGAGGCAGCUGUUGACUUCGCUAGCACGGCGGCGCUGAGGCUUCUGUCAGAAGCCUUGAACCUGUCCGCUUCCAACACUACAUAUGCGUUGGCCGGCCAUUCUGCCGGAGGUGCGGCUGUUUACCAGAGCCUGGACUUCUUGGCUCUGCUCACAGAGGACCCGAGCCGGGGCUUCAAAGAAAUCCUCGGCCUGGCGGAAAGCUGCCUGCCGGAGCCCGAGGUGGAAGAGCUGAAGGGGCGACUGGCGAGGACGACGAGACCACUGCUGCCCGUGGCAGUGCUUUCAUUCGAGGGCUCGCUGAUGCCCUGUGAUGUCGAUGGGUGGGCAGCAGACUGGGCGCUCAGCACGACGCCACCCAAAGGCGAACAUUGGAUUCAGGCGGCACUCGAGGAUCCGGGCUCCCAGUGGACGUGGUUCAUGGCCAGAGCUUGCUGCCGCUCCUUGAUGGAGCGCUGCGCAGCAGACCCGCCUGUCCACCUGCACAGUAUUUCGCAGUUUCUCUUACUCCCGGCGGGGCCACGCUUCUUCUACGUGGCAGGAGCCGAGAGCAAGAAGCGCAACGACGUUGUCUUCCCUGCUUUGAAGAAGGCUUCUGCGGGCUCUCCUGGAAGGUUGGAGCUCAAACAGAUCCCACAUGCGGGACACAACAUGCACCGAGAUGCGCCCGAAGCUGUCAGGCUGAUCUUCAGUGAGGCAUUCGACCUGCAAGCGACUUGGCCAAGUCCAUGA